ACCUUGUAGAACAACAACCCUAAACUAACUGCAGCGAUUUGAUGAUCAACCAACGAAUCCCAGAAGAGCUGAUCAUCGAGAUCCUGUGGAGGCUUCCCACCGGCGGCGAGUGUAUUGGCCGACUCCGAUGCGUCUGCAAAUCAUGGCGCGCUAUCCUCUCAGAUCCCUCUUUCAUCCUGCGACAGCAGAAAUCAGCCGAUUCCCGUCAUCUCCAAAUCAUGCUCAACUUCCGGGACGAAAACGGCAGAUCGGUUUACAGUUUUCACUCUGCCGACACACUCGAACCCCUGCUUCCGGCGGCUUCCCCUGUCCAGCUCCUACCCUUCAAUCCAGAAAAUCCCCUUAAAGAUGAUUAUCACUAUCACGAUCGGGUUAUAGAAGUCGCUGGAUACUGCAACGGCCUGAUCUGCAUAUCCGACGGCGACUAUGAUCUGAUCCUUUGGAAUCCGGCGACCUCCGAGACCAAGGUUCUCUCUCUACCUCGCAAUCGCCGUUAUCGCGCUGAACUUCACGCCGUUGGGUUCGGUUUCGAUUCGAAAUCGAACGACUACAAAAUCGUCAGGCAAUUGGACUACAGCGACGGUUCUUGGGGAUACAAUUACACCGCGGAGGUCUACAGCUUGAGGACUGAUUCAUGGACAAAGAUAGCUGAUCGCGAGGACGGCUACAACCCGGUCCUCCCCAGUCGCCGAAUUACACAACUUCAUAAGGGGAAGUUGUAUUGGAUGAUGGGGCACGGAGAGGGUUUACUAUUCGAUUCGUUUGACCUGAGCAGCCACGAGUUUCGUACAGUGGAUUUGCCUCGUCCUUCUUCUCAGGAUGUGUACAUUCAAAGGGAAUGUUCAUGUUUGUUGAACGAGGAGUCUAUGGUUGCUUUCUUUCCCCUUUACGACGACGAUGAUAAGAUGAGGCGGAAAAAUCCCAGGUCUUGGGAGAUGUGGGUGCUCCUGAAGUACUGGGUAUCGGAGUCAUGGACCAAAGUACAGGUCAUUGCGAGCGGUGCUUUGGCGGCGACCAUACCUUAUUCCAUCGGGAUUUCGAGCAAUUUGAAGUGCUUGGUCAUGGUGAUUUGUGAUGGCACUUCAACGACAAAAUGCUAUGAUACUUAUCGCUUUGGUGAGAACGACAUAUCUUGUAUGGUCUUUCAUUCGGAGAAAGGGAAAUUCGGCGAUCUUGAAAUCAAGGCGAGGAACAUUCCACUGAUGAUUAAUUAUGUGCCUUCUGAAGUUCGUAUUCGGGAUUAUUAGGUUGCAGAGGUAGAAUGUGUUUUGCUAAAUGGUUGAUUUGCAUUGUCUGAAAUAUUAUUUCCACUUUGGAUUUUUUUAUCAAAUUUUGAAUUCUAGCUGAAUUUUUGGUGGGUAUGAAAAUGGUUACCACAAAAGCUCAAAACAUAACAAAAGGUUGUAUGCAUAGCAUGAUAUAACAAAGAGUAAUAUCAUGUCUUUUUAGUCAUAUUUCCCUCCAAAAUAAUCAAUUUGUUUGUUGACACACUGCAGAAUUAAUAACAAAUUAUCAAACACCUAGCCAACCGUAAAAUUACCUCUUGUCCAGAGCAAGCAAACUGGCCAUUUUGUAUGAAUAUUCGUUUGACAUGAGCAGCCACGAGAUUUGAAACCUGGAUCUACCUCGUCCUUGUGAGAAUGUGAAUAUUAGAAGGGAAUGUUCGUGUUUGUUGAACGAGAAGUCGAUGGUCGUCUUCUUUCCCCUUUUAUUAUGGUGAUGCUGCCGAUGGAUAUCCCACGUCCUGGGAGAUAUGGGUGUUGUUGAAGUACUGGGUACCAGAGUCUUGGACUAGAGUACAGGUCAUCGCGAGCCGUCCUUUUGCAAUGACCAUCCCUUAUUCCAUCGGGAUUUCGAGUAAUUUGAAGUGUUUGUUCGUAAUGUUUUGUGAUGGUACUUCAAUGAGAAAACGCUACAAAUACUAUCACUUCGAUGACAAUUAUGUAUCUCUCAUGGCCUUUCAUUCGGAGACAGGGAAAUUCAGCGAUGUAGAAAUGCAGGGGACGGGAAUCCCAAUCAUGAUUAAUAAAAUGCCCUCUAAAGUUCGUAUUCGGAAUUAUUAGGUUGUGGAGAAAUUUUACAAUGCUAUAUAGUAUUGGUGCUAUAGGUGUUUGCCUUUAUGGUACAACUUAAAAUUGUACAUUUACGUUAUGGUACAACUUCAUAUUGUACCUAUACUUUUGGUACAAAUUCUUUUAUGGUACAAUUUGAACUUGUACAUUUAUGUGAUGGUACAACUUCAAGUUGUAAAGUUGUACCAUAACACAAUGGUGCAAAUUGCUUUAUGGUACAACCUAAACUUAUACAUUUAAUAUUAUGGUACAACUUUAAGUUGUACAUUAAAGCACCAAUACUAUAUAGCAUAGUAGAAGUGCUCUUGGUGCUAUAGGUUUUGGCCUUUAUGGUACAACUUAAAAUUGUACAUUUACGUUAUGGUACAACUUCAUAUUGUACCUAUACUUUUGGUACAAAUUAUUUUAUGGUACAAUUUAAACUUGUACCUUUAUAUGACGGUACAACUUCACGUUGUAAAGUUGUACUAUAACAUAAUGGUACAAAUUGCUUUAUGAUACAACCUAAACCUAUAUAUUUAAUAUUAUAGUACAACUUUAAGUUGUACGUUAAAACACCAAUAUUAUAUAACAUAGUAGAAGUGCUCUAGGUUGUGAGGUAGAAUGUGUUUUUGCCUAAAUGGAUGAUUUACAUUGUUGGCCUAUUUUUUCCAACUAGCAUUAGGCUGGCUUGUUGGCUGGGAGAGUUUGAUAAUUAUGCUCUAUCAUAUGUAUUGGUGAAGCAACUGAUGUCUGUCUAGCUCGGUAGUUGGCCACGAACUAUCUUGCCAAGUAGUCCAACUAUAUAUAAUAUGUUUACGAUGUAAUUAAAAAUGACAAAUAUAGAUAUAAUGUUAUUUCUAUAUUUGUAUUCACAAAGUGUUGGCUACUUAUAACAAUCCAUGUAGGUGAACAUUCAUUGGAGUUGCUUCAUAUGAAACAGGCGCAAUCAAGCUUCACCAUGAAAGAAAAUGAUUCUUCUUUUAUGGAGAUUAGUAUGUCCUUGGAAGGAGGCUCGAUCAAUAUAAUUAGGGCUGGAAGUUUAGUACUGAUAUUUGGGAUAUAGCGAAUACCGUACCGAAUUUUUCUAUAUUUGGUAUUACCGAAUACACGUAUUAUUUCCUG